AAGGAAGGUUACCUGAUGAAGCAGACGCGCAGCUUCCAGCGAUGGCAGCGGCGGUACUUCAAGCUGCGCGGGCGCACGCUCUACUACGCAAAGGAGAAGGACAGUCAGUUGUGGGACGAGUUCGAGCUCGAGGACGCGACCUUUGCCGAGUGCAGUAUCAAAAACGCCAAGAACAGCUUCCAAGUCAUAACAGCGAGCCGUUGCCUAGUGCUGUGCGCGGAGACCCGCGGCGAGAUGGAGUCGUGGGCGGGCGCUGUACGCGGCGCCUUGCACCGCGGCGCUGACGUCGCGGACCUCGUCGCCAGCUUCUCCUCCGGCGACCACCACUGGUACACAGCGACCCACGCGCGCCCAACGUUCUGCAACGUGUGCCGCGAGCCGUUGGGUGCGUUGGGCACUGCCCACGCGCUGGCAUGCGAGCUGUGCAAGUACAAGGCGCACAAGCGUUGCGCAGCUCGCGCGCCGCCAUCUUGUAAGUGGAGCACGCUCGCCUCGCUCGGACCCCACGUCGUCGAGGACCCGGAUGGGAACAUCAUAAUGCCGCAUCAGUGGCUCGAGGGCAACCUGCCCGUGGCAGCAAGGUGUGACAUAUGCGACAAGACCUGCGGCUCCGUUCUAAGGCUACAAGACUUCCGCUGCAUCUGGUGUCGCAGAAGCGUCCACGCAAGCUGCCGGCCGAGCUGGCGAGCCGCCUGUUCCCUGGGGCCUGCCCGAGCAUCCGUGGUACCUCCAACACGCUUACACUCCGUCGGUCCAGAUGACGGGUGGCUGCCAGAUAGACCACCGAACGCCUCACCGCUCAUCGUCUUCGUCAAUUCAAGAUCUGGUGACAACCAAGGUGUGAAAUUCCUCCGCCGCUUCAAGCAGCUUCUGAACCCUGCACAAGUCUUCGAGCUGAGCGGCGCUGGGCCAAGACUCGGUUUGCGCCUGUUCAGGCACUUUGCCCCUCUACGAGUGCUCGUGUGCAGUGGUGACGGGUCCGUUGGAUGGGUGUUGCAGGAAGUCGAUAAGUUGGAUAUGCAUCGACUGGUCCAAACUGCGGUGCUACCAUUGGGCACGGGGAACGAUCUAGCGAGAGUCCUCGGCUGGGGGGCUGCUUGUGACGACGCGGCCAACCUGCAGCAGUUGAUUGAACGGUACGAGAGGGCUUCCACCAAGAUGCUGGAUAGGUGGUCAAUAAUGACGUUUGAGCGUGCCCUGACUGCCCCGCCUCCGCCGCCCGCGCCCCCUGACCUCCUGGAGGAGAGUUCGCUGCUUAGAAACUUGCAGGAGAUUGUGCAGGCUGGCGAGUGCGGGGAGAGUGAGACGAGCAAGGCUCGGGCAGCGUUGAGGGCGGGGUGCUCGAGACUGGCGACGGCGGGCGAGAAGGCGGGUGGUGGGGCGGCACGCGCUGCCCAUCGCUUGCGCCGCGCACUAUCGUUGCUGCUGCACGCGAGAACCCACCUCGCGCACGACCAUGCGCGAUGCGAUUCGUGGGAGCCAAUGGAUACGAGCGACAGCGAGCCCGAAGUACAACCGGCAGCUGAAAAGGGCAGCAUUGAAAAGACUGAAAAAGAGCAGCUGAACUGGGCGGCCCGAGGGUGCGCACUCGCUGGCCGCGCAGACAGUGUGCGUCGAGCAUUACGCUUGCUCGUGCGGACGCUCGCUCAAGUCUUUCCGCAGGUAAGAAAAGAACCCGCAAUAUAGGCUUAAGACCAAACCGACGCCUCGCCAACCUGUCAGGGAGCGAGCGGGGCGAGUUCUGUAUGUCCGGUGCCAGAAAGCGGCGCGUUGCCCGUACCUCGUGCGUUCGCCGACAGUCGACGCUCGUCCGCCGCUUCCGCUGUAUCCGCCUCAUCCAUGCAGCCAGAAAACAUUCCAGAUGUAGAUGAAGACAUAGUUAAGUUAAUAAGUUCAAAUCCACAAGAUCAAGUAGACAACUUGGACGUCGAUAAGUGUAGUCGCAGUAAAACUUGCUCAAUAUCGCCUCAGGACAGGCUUUCGCCUUCCAAUCUUUCCUCCUGUGAUACUAGCUCGUGCAAAAACCUUCUGAGGCCGGAUAUCGAGCGAACUAGCGCCACAUUUAAUAGUAGUAGUCUUACUAUACCUAACCUAGUUAUCUCAGAUGAUAGUGAUAAGAGACAUUCGUUAAUACAGGGAGAAACUUAUGAAUCGGACCAAUUGACUAUAAUAGACAUUGAUAAGCCGUAUACGGAUGACGUUCACUUUCACGAUAUUUGCGAUCGAGUAACGCCGGCCAGUGGAGACUGCACGCCUGAGCGAAGACUCUCGAGUGUUGACUUGGAGAUAGACGCGACCAGUUCCGAAGGGUCCAAUAUUAGUGACGACUUUAGCUUAAUAUCCGAGAUAAUAGACUCUAAACCAGGAGACAAUGAAGAGAGCGUAUGUAUAGGACACAUUGACUCACCCGAAAUAUCUGAUACAUACAUGAACUCGGAAACAAUACACGGUGAAUCUAUAAUGGAUGACAUCAGCUCGAUGCUCGGACAAGAGGUCCUUUUAGCAAUGAUGGGCAAAAAUGGAGAAAAUGAAACUUAUACGGAUGACACUACCUUGUUCACUUCGGAUACGGUUUCAGAUAUACCAGUUGAUGUGGAAAGUCGCCAUCCCAGUUUAGAAAAAAAGAAUAAAGGGAAAAUAAAAUACAUAUCGAAAAUCAAAAAACCGGCUGAACCCGAAGUUGAGAAGUUUGGUUACGAAAACAGAGUAUUUUAUAUAGAAAAUGCGGCGAAAGCUGAAGAGCAAGUUAAGUAUUGCAGUUUAGCUCAAUUCGAAGAAGGAAAUGAUAUUGCGAGGAAAUCCUUUCGAAAAGCUCUAAGGAAAAGUUUAAAGAAGAAAUUGGUUGAUGAGACAAGUCUGGGGCAUCUUUUGCCUAAAAUGACAGAAGAGCUGUCAUCCAGAGGUGAUGAAACUCCGAAUAUACAAACUUCUCCUAAAAUGAGACCGGUACCAAAAGUAGAACAGCAUAAAUCCGAAUUUACAGAGAAAAUAGCUUUUCCACAAGUGAGCGUUGUAGUAGAACCUCCAUCGCCAUCUCACAGUGAAGACAGAAGCUUAAAAACUUGUCAAAGUCGUAUGGCAUCAGUUCUUAGUGACUUAUUCGAUCAUGGAACAGAUACGCUGAGCGUUCAUUCGCCAGAACCAAAUCUUAGAGAUAGAGAAAGACGGCAAUCAGACAAUCCCAAACUUUUAGGAUCAGACUCCGAAUAUGGACAGUUCCUCAGUUGUUCUCCAGCAGCGACCAGGAGAAUAUCAUGCGGGAGUCUCUUCAAACCCGGGGAACCUGAUAACAGGUUAUCAACAUCUGUGUCAUCAAUAUGGGGCGAAGGUGGCACCAUAGGCGGCGGUGGAAGUAUUACCAAAUCUGAGAGCAGUGAGAGAACCAAAAAGCUACCAAUCAUCAAUCCCUUAGUUUCACUACCAGCUUGGCCACAUGUCGCACAAGGUUUCAUAAGUCAAUGCCUAUUAGCCAAUGCCGAUGCUCUAUGUGCUGCUGUAAGUCCUUUAAUGGAUCCAGAUGAGACUCUUCUAGAAGGUUUCUAUGAACGAGCUGUAAUGAAUAACUACUUCGGGAUCGGUAUUGAUGCAAAGAUAACGCUGGAUUUUCAUAACAAAAGAGAGGAGCAUCCAGAGAAGUGUAGAUCAAGGGCGAGGAAUUACAUGUGGUAUGGUGUGCUCGGGUCAAAGGAGUGGGUUAAUAGGACGUACAGACAUCUAGGGCAGCGAGUCCAGUUGGAAUGUGACGGACAAAGGAUACCGCUUCCGGAGCUUCAGGGAAUCGUAGUGUUAAAUAUCUCUUCGUUCAUGGGAGGGACCAACUUCUGGGGAGGUACUCGGGGAGACGAUAUAUUUCUUGCUCCGUCUUUUGAUGAUCGAAUACUUGAAGUAGUGGCAGUGUUUGGGUCUGCACAAAUGGCCGCUUCCCGUCUCAUAAACCUUCAGAAACACCGCAUAGCGCAAUGCAGGGCCGUGCAGAUCAACAUACUGGGCGAGGAGUGCGUGCCAGUACAAGUGGACGGCGAGGCGUGGCUGCAGCCGCCUGGAUGCGUGCGCAUUAUACACAAGAACAGGGCGCAGAUGCUGUGCCGCUCCAGAGCGUUGGAGACCAGCCUGAGAACGUGGGAUGAAAAACAGCAGCAAAAAGCUCACGCAAGCGCACCUGCGCGUGAGCUGGCGCCCGCCGAAGCGGCUCUCUUGUUGGUACUGCUGGAUGACGUCAACACCAUUGUCAAGCAUAUAAAGCUGGCGUGCAUCAGUGAAAACAACGCAGCGAGUACUGGCAGAGUGUGCGGUGCUCUGGCAAUAGCGCGCCGCAUCUCUGCUCAGGCCGAUGCAUUACAAGACGCUGAGGGGAAGCUACUACCUCCACCGCAACUGAGACGCUUAUUGGCUACUCUGGUGGAAAGUUGUAAUGAGCUCCUGGACAGUGGGUCAAACCUGGGCAGCGCUGCCGCAGGUCUUCGUGCGCAUCUUGCGCGUUGUCUACUACGUGAUGGACUUGCUUACAUACAGGCAGACGAGGCUCCUAAGAAAGCUGGCAGCAGGUGGCUUCGAGGACGCCGCAGUACCUCCGAAGGUGGCGCGUCAUCAAAUCAAACAGCAGUGCAAGUGCGAUCUUGGGGCGUGAAAGAAGUUCAAACUUGGCUGGAGAGCCUCGAACUCAAGGAAUACUGCGAGGCGUUUUCUAAGCAUGACGUCACUGGGCGCGAGCUUUUGUCUCUAGCAAGGCGUGAUCUACGCGAUUUAGGAGUCACGAAAGUUGGGCACGUCAAGAGAAUCCUUCAAGCUGUUAAAGAACUACAGUGACGACGACGUGGCCGUUCGGAGGGGAAUGGCCAUGGAUAAGUUACGUGUUCGUGAAACCAUGUAAAGAAAUUUCCAGCUAUGUGAACUGUUUUAACGUUUUUCCAUAAUUUAUAUAUUACAUAAUUACUGGUAC